AUGGCACCUUUCGCACCCGGCGUUGUUCUCAUGCUUGUUUACUGCACACCGCCUUCCAGACCAACUUCCCUGGAGCGGCUCUCGUCCCUGGUCGCAUCCCACCUCCAGAGCGACCUCGCCCUGAACCUCCAACAGUCGUCUUUGUCAGCACCAACCGUCGCCUCCACCACCGCCGCCGCCGCACAAAUCCAGCGCAUGCCGAAGCUUACGCAGUGGACACUCAGUCGGAAGAACUGGUUGGGCCAGCUGCUGGAACUGGAGAUGCGUGCUGAUGAAGCCACUUGGAUUAACUACGCCGCCUACGAGGAGGAGAUCAAGCAGGGCCUGGUGACCCAGGUGCUAGAUGAGCUGCUGGAGAAUGCUGUGUGCACGGUCUUUGAGGCUGCGAAGGACCUUGUGGACGCCAGUAACGGCAACCAGUCCUUCUCGCCUGGUCUUUUGACGCUUAACUUGGCUCAACUGCAGCAACUCCUUAACUGCUUAAUUAUGCUGAGAGAUGUUUGCUGCCUUUGA